GGAACGAAAUCGGGCCAGCAUGCCAGAGCCUGUGAAUUACCAGGUUAAUGCGGCUCGUAAAACGUUCCAAACAUUACAUCAAAUUUCUAAAUUGCUGAACACCAACUUGGAUGCUGCUACUCUUAGCAUUUGUGUAAGGCUAUGCGAAAAUGGAGUAAAUCCACAUGCUCUUGCGAGUGUUGUCAAAGAGUUGCAAAGAGAAGUUAACGCAAUGCACAAUGCACAGACAGAUUCCGGAACUAGUAAAACAAGUUUAACUAAAUAAAGCACAUUGAUAAUUUGAUAUUAUGUAACUUGAAGCACAAUAAAAUUUAUUUGUAAACUA